AUGCCCGGCUUAGCGCCGGACUUGGCGGGAAUGGCGGACAUGGCUCCCUUGCUAAGCGUCAAUCCGUACGGCUCCAUGAGCGGUUGCAUUCGCCUCCGGACUCCCGAGCCCGUGCCAUACGAUCACGAGGAAAGAAGCGAAGGCAACAGCCAAGGCAUGCGCAUUUUUCCCCGUGACGUGCCCCUUGUUUCUCGCGCUGAGUGCUCCGAGGGUGCUUCCUGCAGCGAGGACGCUCCCCGGGAGAGAGCCGCGCACAAGGAGGAUCGCGUCGCUGUCGCCGGCUUCGACGUGCGAUUCUUCGAGGUCGUCUGCGACAUGCUCGUCUUGGCGCCUGCGUGCGACGCCGACGCGCCCGGGCGUGACGUUGUGGCGAGCCACGAAGCUGCCGCGUGUAAUGAUACGGCUGCUACUGCUGUCGCGUGCGCUGCCGAUGGGAGCGAUUCGAUCCUGCGCGCGCGUAUCGACGAGCAGGAGGCGCAGAUGGCGCAGCUGGAGGAGGAGAAUCACUCCCUACGAGACCGACUGGAGAUGCGACAGGAGGAGCUUCGUCGCCUUCGCACGCGACUGCUGUCGCACAACAGCGCGGCCAUCGAGCCGCGCCGCCCCGAGCCCCUGAAAACCGCCGCUGCGUUGCUCUUAGACCGCAGAUUCACGGACGAACGCUGGCAGACGCAGACGCGUGGUGUUUGA